AUGGCCGCCUCGCUUCCAUAUCACGAGCCAGACAUUGUCACAAUCCUUGUUCAGGCAUCGUUCCUCCUCCUUCUCAACAUCACAAACUUUGUGCUUGAUCGGGCCGUGUACUGCGGUCUUAUUGGGCAAAUAUUCAUAGGAGUGGCUUGGGGAACCCCCGGCGCGAAAUGGCUGAGUACAGAGGCUGAAGAGGCCGUUGUCCAGUUGGGCUAUCUCGGACUACUGCUUCUCGUAUAUGAAGGCGGACUCUCGACUUCUUUAAAAGCCCUCGGGGCCAACCUUUUCUUAUCCUCGUGCAUUGCCAUUACUGGCAUUAGUGUGCCAGUGGGACUUUCGUUCAUCCUCCAAGAGCUCAGUGAUGCCACGCCUCUCCAGUCCUUCGCAGCGGGCGCAGCCUUGUGCUCUACAAGCCUAGGGACGACAUUCACAGUGCUUCGCUCAACUGGUUUAACGAGGUCGAGGCUCGGCGUGGUGCUCACGAGUGCAGCCAUGAUGGACGAUGUUAUUGGCCUUGUCAUGGUUCAGGUUAUUUCCAACUUGGGCCUAUCCAGCACGAGCAUCAGCGCUGUCACCAUCAUCAGACCACUUCUAGUAUCUCUUGCCUUUGCAGUGUGCGCGCCCCUUGCAUGCGUCUAUAUGGCCAAACCACUUACUCUCUGGUUGAACUCUCAGCGGGUGAGGCACCCAAAAGGGACCAUCAAUCUUCUUCUUAGCAGGGAGAGGGCACCGUGGAUCAUUCAUACUUGCAUAUUAACUGGUUCCAUCGCUGGUUCAACAUAUGCUGGCACCUCCAACUUAUUUGCCGCCUAUAUUGCCGGUGCGUCUAUUAGUUGGUGGGAUUCGGAAGUGCCUCAUCUUUCUUGUGAGACAUCAUCUACAGAAACAACGUCGACCAGGACACAUUCUACAGAAAAUUCCUUUACAGCGCAGAGUGAGGUUUCUGAGCAUUUGCAAACGGUUAACACAGAGACUCCUAGUAAUGUCGCCUCAGAGACUUCUGAAAAUGUCACCUCAGAGCCUAGGGAAGCGAGAUCAUCUGGACAGGCCAUUUUUGAGCAGUACUACCUGCAGCCCCUUGAUAGAAUUCUAAAGCCAUUCUUUUUUGCUUCCAUCGGCUUCUCUAUUCCCAUCACGGAAAUGUUUGACGCUUCAGUUGUCUGGAAGGGAAUCGUAUACACCAGCCUAAUGAUGCUUGGCAAGCUUGUGUGCGGCAUCUGGCUCCUUCGCAUGCCAUCUCUGUCCUCUCUCCUCCGCAGAUUGACAAUCUCCAUGAAGCACUCAAGUUUACAAAUGUCCCACUUUUGGGGACGAUUCCACACAAAGCCGAAAGUGCCUUGCGAUUCGACUUCUGCACCCGCAGGCCAAUCCCAAGGGACGUCUCCGACACCCCAACCAAGCCAUGAAACGGCCACGCAAGCGACACUUCGCCAUUCAGAUCCAGAGGGAGCCAAGCCGAGAUCAGUCUAUCCCGCUGCCAUUAUAGGCUGUGCAAUGACAGCGCGUGGAGAAAUCGGUUUCCUAAUUUCGUCAAUCGCCGAGAGCAAGAAAAUAUUCGCUUCAACUCGAGCUGACGAUGGAAAGAAUUCGGAAAUAUUUCUCAUUGUCACUUGGGCCAUCAUGCUGUGCACAAUCAUAGGCCCCUUGUCUUUGGGGCUCCUUGUAAGGCGAGUGAAGAAGCUGCAGCAUGGAGCUGAAAAAGAUGGCCGACUUGUUCGGAAGGAUGUGCUUGGGGUUUGGGGGUUGCCCUGAGACUCAGAGAGAGCCAAAUAGAAGAUUGUAUGAGUUUCAAUCUGGUCAUGUGUUCUCUAGUGAAUAGACUCUUUAUCUUCAGAGACGUGCUGAUAGUUUUCGACAUCUUUCCAGUGCAGUUCUGGGCCGCAG